UCCUGCGAUCGUUGGCUAGAGCAAAGAUGGUUUCGAUUCCUGGUGGCAGGAUGGACACUUCUGGAAAUCACCGCCCUCGUCCUCUGUAUCAUGCAUGAUAGCGAUAGAACGAACCUUCCGCAAAUAUUGAGAAACUCUAUACGCCUUACUUUGGCAACUCUAUCUAUAUGUGGAGUUACCAACAUUCAAAUCAUCGCAAUCACCUACCCCUUUGCAGUUCCAUACGUCAAAAGGGAAUGGUGGAAAUGGGCUGUGAUUUUGGAAUGCGUCGAGGCUUUAGCCGUUACAGUGUGCGCUCUAUGCCUACAAAACCGAGCUCCCCUUGAACUCGCGUACAUCGUGCCCUUCACCUCGCAGACCCUGGCUUUCAUCGCAAUACUGCAGGCAUCUAAAGGUCUCCCGGAGCGUCCGACCAAGCACUUAGCUGACUAUUUACUCACAACGGGUAUUGUUUUCAGCCUGAUAUCCUUGCUUGUGCUUGGAUUGUCACUUGCUCGAUUGUUAGAUAGGUUACUAUACGUGCAAUGCGGACUCUUUAUACUGAGCUUGACGAUCGUCUUGCGGCCCGCUGAUUCUCAUGGGAGGCCAGCUAUUCCGGCUACUUAG